AUGGCAGGAGACCCAUUCCUAUCUGAUCCUUCAAAGAAGAGAAAGCGUCUGGAUAAGAUUACAAGCACAACACGAUCCAAGAAGUCUAAAUCAUCCACUCCACAGCCAUCGUCCGCGACAUCAAAUUUCGAUGAAGAGAUAUCAAGUGCCAGUGACACUGAAAACGAACGGUCUUUAGAAGACCAACGACAAGAGGAAGAACUUUCAUCAGAUGAAGAAUUUGCCACUGAAAGUGCAGCUGACAAAAGAAGAAGAUUAGCUAAACAGUAUCUUGAAAACUUGAAGAAUGAGGAACUACGCGAUUCUGAUAAUUUUGAUGCCCAGGAUCUUGACGACGAAAUUUUAGCAAAAAGAUUGCAAGUCGAUGUAGCUGAUGCUAAAGGACAUGUAUAUAAGUUUUGGGGUGAUAAAAUUUCACAACAAUUGGAUGGAGACGAUGUUAAAUUAGUAACGACACGGAUAGGAUCAAAUAACGUUACUAGCAUGUGCGUGCAUUUCCCAUACCUAUAUACGGUAUCAAAAGAUAUCGAAAUAAUCAAGUGGAAUAUUAGUCUGGGAAAGAAGCCCCAGAGGAUAAAGCAUACCAAAGGUGGAGCCAAGUACUUUACAUUAAAUACAUCACGCCCCGGUUUGAAUCAUCACUGGGAGCAGAUAAACUGUAUUGCAGCAUCUCCAGAUGGGAAAUACAUCGUCACAGGCGGUUCCGAUUCCCGAUUAAUAAUUUGGUCAAGUGAAAAUUUGGCUUGUUUAAAGGUACUCCCAACCAGAUCAGCAGUGAACUCAAUUGUAUUUAGAAGAAACACUGAUCAGUUAUUCGCUGCAUGCGCUGAUUUGAGAAUAAGAACAUAUUCGAUAAAUCAAUUUACUCAAUUGGAAACAUUAUAUGGUCAUCAAGAUAAUAUCACUGACAUUGCCGCUUUAGCUAGAGAGACUUGUGUUUCUGUUGGAAGUAGAGAUAAAACUGCCAUGUUUUGGAAAAUUCCUGAAGAAUCGAGGUUAACUUUUCGUGGUGGUGAUUCAAUAGAAAAGAAGAGGAAAAAGAGAUCCGAUGAUGAUGAAACAGGAAGUGAUGAACCAUUCCACAAUGAAGGAUCGAUUGAUGUUGUAUCCAUGAUUGACGAAUCUCAUUUUGUAACUGGCUCAGAUAAUGGAAAUAUUGCCCUUUGGUCAUUAGCUAAGAAGAAAGCACAGGAUACUAGAAGAUUGGCACAUGGAUUGCAGCCACAAUUUCAACCACAACAAGCAAGUGCUGAAACUGAAACUGAAAUAGCCAGUCGGCAAAUACCGGUUCCACAGCCUUACUGGAUUACUGCUAUACAUGCACCAGCGUACAGUGAUGUAUUUUUAAGUGGUUCAUUUGGUGGUACCAUGAAAAUUUGGAGAUUAGACGCUACUUUGAGAUCAUUUACCUUAAUAGGUGAAGUGGAAAAUUUACGAGGAUUUGUUGUCAAAAUAGAUAGUGUUGAAAUCCCAAAUACCAAACAAUUGAGGGUGUUUGUUUUGGUCAGCAAAGAGCACAAGUUUGGAAGAUGGUUCGGUAAAGUACCUGGUGGAAGGAAUGCAUUAAUUAGUUUUACGUUUAAUAUAUAA